CCGACAUCGCGACCCUUGCUGUUGCCUUCUUCACGCCCGACGGCAACUACCGACAUCGUAGUUGCACAGCCGCGCCAUUGGAUACCGUCGAGGCGCGAAUAGCCAAUUCGAACCGCAUGUACGCGAUAACCUCCGAAUUGUGUUAUUCUCAUGCCUACGGCCGCCGGGGCUCGGGCCCUGCUGUCGGUGCAGACUCCCUCUAGAGCCAAUCGACUGCCCCGCGCCCUUGUUCACGCGUGUCCGACCAGCGCCGUCGCUUCUGCUGCCGUUCGUGGCGCUCUUCCACAUCGACGCCGUAUCCACCGCCGUCUACAUGGCCCCGCGGUAGCCACUCGCAGCCUCCACGCCUCACCGUCCCUCCUCACCCGCCCCGAUGAACCAAACGGCGACGACCCCCCUCCUUCGACCGGCUCGAACAAGGACAAUGGUGCGGCGGCAGUAGGGAAUGGCCAGCCGGUUGAACCCGAGCCCCCCGCGCCCGCCGACACCGAUGCAGAGACUAAACGGGAGAAGCUGAAGAGUGCGGGCUACGGUUCGGCCCGCGCCCGCGCCAACCGCAACAACCGCGUCGAGGAGGCCCCUCCCUUCGAGUUGCCUUCGUGGUUCUCAAUGUCCCAGGUCUCGCUGUACGAGCAGCGCCCCAUCGGUGUCCCCGGCACCCGGCUGCCCCGACUGAACGACAAGGAUCGCAAUCGGCUACUGUUGCUCCAGGAGGCAACGGUCAACAAAGCGUCUUUCCGGGAGGAAGAGCUCGGCGCAUUCAAGGACGGGUUGACUCGUUUUGCAAGGAGGAAAGAAUGGGAGGGGGGGCCCCUCUUUCGAUUGCUGAAGCGGGCCAAGGCGUUACAACGAGCGGCCUUUUGGCAAACUCUCCUGCUUACCUAUGACCCAAAACCCGGAACCGACCUGGACCACAUCGAGAGACUGCGCCAACACCACUUGGCGAGUAUGUACGACAGGGAGCUAUGGCAGCCCUCGCCGGAGUCGCUCGUAUCGCACGAAUCUCAGCGCUGGCUUUCAAACGUCCGGUCCGACGCCGGCCCUGGUUCGGGAUUCCACCAGAGCCCCAUAGCGAGACGACCGGAUCCCGAGUACGCCGCCUCCGUGGAGCUCCUCGCCGUCGUGAACUCUCAGAUGGUGGCGUUGCCCACAUCUGACCGGCAAGACGCGAGCCGGCCUCCAAUUGUUCUCUCCAUGCUCAAUGGAAAGGGGAGGACAGUCGCCGAUUCGAUAGUCAACGACGUGGCCACGGACCUCAAGGCCGAUGUCGUGCACCUAUCUGCUCACCACGUUGCCCGCCUCCUGGGGCCGCACUUGAACCAAAGCCAGUAUUCGGCCCGCGGUUCGCUCUCCAUGCUUGGCUACGCCGCUGCCGAGAUGAACGGGAGACUUGUGUCGCGGUCCAGUCCCAUCGCCGGCGCCGAGUCGGACCAGCCCGGCAUGGUCGCCGUUGAGCUGCCCAUGCGGCUGAGGAAUUUGAUUUCACAGAAGGUCGGGAUCGCCAGUUUGACAGAUGGCCGCUGGGAAGAAAUGAAGAUCAACUCUGCACUGGAAACGAUUGUUGCCGCUGCCGAUCGCAAACGCGAACGAGAGGUGACGGUGACCAAGGCCGCCCCGAAGAUCAUAGCUUCCAUACGCGGCAAGAAUGAGAUAGAGGUGAAGGAGCCACGACGAGACCUGAUCAUUCAUCUCCACGACUACAUAGAGCUGAGCUCGCUGUGUAACUCCAUCAUCUCCACGCUCCGGGCCAUCACCGAGCGAAUGUGGAAGGCAGGGAGAAGAGUUGUUUUCGUGGGCAGCUCAUCCGGCGACGUGGACAAGUUGCCCGACUACCGAGAACAGCUCGUUGAGCUGGGCCGAGACGGCGCCCACGUCAUCCCGUUCCAUGCCGACCCAGCGAGGACGAAUGAGGAAGAGAAAUGGAACCAUGCCGAAGAAAACCUCGCCAAUAUCGAGGACAUGCUCCGCGCCGUGGUUGGGGAUCAAGUCCCCAUUACCAUUGCUGCAGGGUUCUUGCGGUCGAGAGAACCUAGAAUAUCGAAGAAGAACUACGAAAUUAUGGUUGAUUGGCUCAAUAAACACAUAUAUGACGCACAAUGGAUCCAGCGCCUAGUGUCCCUAAUGGUAGGUGCCCAGAUGGGCCCCCGCGAGGAGUAUGGCGUCCCGGCGCUGUGCUACGGCAUGCAGUUCAUGCUCGACCGCGACAAGCACUGGCAGAAUAUCAAUCCAGCCAUCCUCCCCCCUUACUCCUCCCCGCUCUCCCUCCCGCGAAACUCCUCUGCGUCCUCCUCCGCGGAUGAGUCCGCCACCGGCAAGCUCUCCGGUGCCGCCGCAUCCAAACAAUACAACGCCGACGAGAAGAAGCUCCUCUCGGGUCUCAUCAACGCAAAGGACAUCAACACGACCUUCGACCACAUCGUCGUCCCGCAGGAGACCAAAGAAUCCCUCAUCGGCUUGACCACCCUCUCCCUCGUCCGCCCCGAGGCCUUCUCCUACGGCGUACUCAAGACGGAGCACAUCCCCGGCUGCCUCCUCUACGGGCCGCCCGGGACGGGCAAGACGCUCCUCGCCAAGGCCGUCGCCAAAGAGUCCGGCGCGAGCAUGCUCGAGGUGUCGGCCGCGACCAUCAACGACAAGUACGUGGGCCAGAGCGAGAAGAACGUGCAAGCGCUCUUCACCCUGGCGCGCAAGCUCGCCCCCUGCGUCAUCUUCCUCGACGAGGCCGACGCGCUGCUCGCGGCGCGGCGCUCCAGCUCCGCGCGCGCCCCCUACCGCGAGACCAUCACCCAGUUCCUGCGCGAGUGGGACGGCCUGACGGGCUCGCGCAACUUCAUCAUGGUGGCCACCAACCGGCCCUUCGACCUCGACGAGGCCGUGCUGCGCCGCCUGCCCCGCAAGAUCCUCGUCGACCUGCCGCUCGCCCCCGAGCGCCUCGCCAUCCUGCGCGUCAUGCUGCAAGAAGAGACCCUCGCGCCCGAGGUCGACCUCAGCAAGCUCGCCGCCGACACGGAGCUGUACUCCGGCUCCGACCUCAAGAACCUCUGCGUCUCGGCCGCCAUGGAGGCCGUCCGCGAGGAGGUGCGCGCCAAGGCCGCCUGGAAGGGCGAGGGCGAGUUCCAGUUCCCCGAGAGGCGCGUGCUCGAGCAGCGCCACUUCGACAAGGGCCUGCGCGAGAUCAGCGCGAGUAUCAGCGGGGAUAUGGACAGCCUCAAGGCGAUCCGCAAGUUUGAUGGGCAGUAUGGCGACGCGGGCCGCAAGCGGGUUGUCAAGAAGGGGAUGGGCUUCGAGGUGGUGCCGGACGAUGGGAAGGGGUCGUCUGGCGAGGCUAGGGUUAGGCAGGUCGAUGCUGCUGGUGCGGCUUGAAUUGGGGGAAAAAAUAAAAUUAAUGGGAUGAGAUGGAAGGCGAAUGGCGUUGGAAAGAAUGCAAUAAAUCGUAGCCUGUGUAUGUAUGUGUGUGUGUGUGUAUGUGUGUGCGAAUUUGGGGUUGGCCGCUUACUACGGCCCCGUUCGUUGUACAUUUGUAUGUACCAUGUGUGCG